AUGGAUGUUACGGGGUCAUCUCCUGUUCAAUGUUGGAGAUACGAAUGCUUAAUAACCUUUGUGUGGGUUUCAGUCGAUUCGCAGCCAAAUGAUGACACAAUUUUGUUUGGUGAUGUUAAGACCGGUCCCUCCACGCCUUUAGUACCACCGGAAAUAGCCUCCCAUGUCCUCCAAGGUGUUGAUUUGUGUGAUGGACUUCUGAGGAAUCUAUUUCUCUGCUUUCAAAUCAAUGACAUUUUCAACCCAUUUUGUCAAGAAUGAAAUUGCUUAUAUAAGCACUGUGCUGAACGAAGGUGAGAACUUGUGAAUAAGGAGAUACGGAAGCGACUUCAAGAUAGUGAAAUUGGAAGUUGGGUUUACUCAAUGCCUCUAGAUGAACCAAGGGGAGGGCCUCUCAGCUUAGCAGAAGUUACAAUCAUUGAGAGCUGCCUAAUUCUUGCUAGUGGAAUUGAUAGGGCAUCGAAGGUUUUCCCAAAGAUGGAUUUUGUUCUUGGUUGUGUGAUGACGGCGGAGGACAAUCCCAGUGACGAUGUGGCAGGGAGCAGUGGCGUUGUGACAAUUUCGAUU